CGUGACACAUUUAGUCAGCUGUAAACUGAGGCGGACGUCGUAAAGAUGGCGAUUUUCAGUGUUUACGUAGUGAAUAAAGCUGGAGGUUUAAUUUACCAAUAUGACAACUACGUCCCACGGAGUGAAGUGGAGAAGACCUUUAGCUAUCCGUUAGAUUUGGUCCUCAAGCACCACGACGAAAAGGUCAUCGUAUCGUUUGGACAGCGGGACGGAAUUAAAGUGGGACAUGCGCUCCUGUCCAUCAAUGGCGUGGAUGUGAUCGGGAAGAACACCGCGGACGGGAAGGACACCCUCGAGUACCUCAAAGACCCCGCGAAUUAUCCCGUCUCCAUACGGUUUGGACGGGCUCGUCUGAGCUCCAACGAGAAGCUGAUGUUGGCCUCCAUGUUCCAUUCGUUGUUUGCUAUAGGUUCACAGUUGUCCCCUGAAGUUGGCAGCUCAGGGAUUGAGAUGCUGGAGACAGACGUCUUCAAACUCCACUGCUUCCAGACCCUCACAGGAAUAAAGUUCAUCGUUUUGGCUGAUCCUCGUCAGUCGGGCAUCGAUGCUCUACUGAAGAAGAUUUACGAGAUCUACUCAGAUUUUGCUCUGAAGAACCCGUUCUACUCCCUGGAAAUGCCAAUCAGGUGUGAACUCUUCGAUCAGAACCUGAAAAGUGCUCUGGAGGUCGCAGAGAAAGCUGGGAACUUUGGAGCCGGUUCCUAGACUCCAUAAGAAGAGGAAGAUCCCUGAUGGGAGGGGAGAAAAGUGCAUCUGCUUGUUCUUUUUUUCAGUUCAUUUUGGUGAUGUAAAUACUUUGUUUUUUUGUAAAUAUUUGACAGAUUAAAGUCUAAACUGUGUGAAAAUGUAGUUAUCCAUCGAUCAGGUACUUGCAUUAAAUUAUUAUUAUAUUUAAAAAAAUAAAAAAAAGGUCACAACA